AUGGCAUCGAAAUUCAUCAUUGCCGGGUCGACCGUGCUUUCCCUUGCCAUGAUUUUCCAAUUCUUCCUGAAAGAAAGGAUCUGGCUCACCUUUGGCAUCAAUCAGAAUUGGCAGAAGAUUGAUGAGUUUCCCUACAAAUGUCGAAGAUUGAUCCAUCCUUUGUUAGAAAGCUGCGAGGAUUUGGUGCUGGAUACUAAAGGCAGGACUGUUUAUGUCGCGUGCUCCAGUGUACUUGGUCGUAACAAGUGGUGCCCUGCCGGAAACCAGUACAAUGUAACUGCCAGAGAACUUACUGGUCACGUUGCUGUUCUAAAAAUCGAUGAACCUGGAGACGAUGGGCUGUACGGCCUGCAUCAAUUGGCAAUCACAGGAGAUUAUCAAUCGGCCACUGGGGGAAAAGAUUUUGAUGUUCUUGGAAUCGACAUCGAGGUCUUACCUAAUGACCGAUUACGGUUCUGGAUGGUCAAUGAUCGACCUCCAGUUGAUGAGUCUGGAAACCUGAUGGAUGCCACGAAGCUCCCAAAUAACAUUGCAGCGACUGGAGAUGGAGGCUUCGUUGUUUCCAAUAUUCGUGACUCCAAAAUGCCUAGGUUUGGCCACUUAUCUUCACUAUUGGGAGGAGGAAGUGUUGCAUACUGCGGGUCAAACAACAAAUGCCACACCGCCACCAAGGACUUCAAAUUCCAGAUCGCCAACGGAGUAGUGAAAGGACACGAUAGUCUCUAUUACGUUGCCCAUUCUCUAUCUGGUAAAAUUACCGUCUUUACCCUACAACCAGACCAGACGCUUCUCCCCAUCGACGAGAUCAAGAUCGGGAUGGUCGUAGGCAAUCUCUCAAUAGACACCAACGGCGAUAUCUUCGUAGCUGCUAUCCCAUGGCCCCUAUCAUUAAUCCAAGCCUCAAAAAAGCCUCUCACCACCAAUGUCCCCUCCACCAUCUUCCGGAUCCGAAAACUGAAGAAUGGAAACGGGGCAUAUUACGAGGUUCAAAAGAUCUUGGAGGAUAUCGAGGGGGAGGUCUUGCCUGGUGCUACGACGGUAGUUCACGAUACACAGACGGGGACUAUUUUCCUCGGCGGAAUUACAUCGCCUUUUCUUACUGUUUGUGAGAGACAAUCUACGGAUUGAUUGGUUGAUUGAACACUUCAGGAAAUGGUUCCUGGAUCGGAAUCGGGUGGGUUAUAUGUAUGGGAUUCUCAUAAAAUUUGUGCUGUCC